CCCGUUGCAAAGACAGAGCCUCACCUCACUCACUAUUGCUCGGUCCCGGGGUCUAAGCGACUCACAACACCGCCAUGGCUACCGAACGUUACAGCUUCUCUCUCACAACCUUCAGUCCCUCAGGGAAGCUGGUUCAAAUUGAGUAUGCCUUAGCAGCAGUGGCAGCUGGUGCACCUGCAGUGGGCAUCAAGGCCAAGGAUGGUGUGGUGCUGGCAACUGAGAAGAAGCACAAGUCCAUCCUUGUGGAGGAACACUCCAUCAUCAAAGUAGAGGUGGUGACAGACCACAUAGGCAUGGUGUACAGUGGCAUGGGUCCAGACUACCGGCUGCUGGUGCGUCAGGCCCGCCGUGUGGCCCAGCAGUACUACCGCACCUACCUGGAGCCCAUCCCCACCACACAGCUUGUGCAGCGCCUGGCAGCCAUCAUGCAGGAGUACACACAGUCUGGUGGUGUGAGGCCAUUCGGAGUGAGUCUCCUCAUCUGCGGCUGGGACACAGACAGACCGUACCUCUUCCAGUGUGACCCUUCAGGCGCCUAUUUCCCCUGGAAGGCCACAGCAAUGGGAAAGAAUUUCAUCAAUGGGAAAACCUUCCUAGAAAAAAGGUACAAUGAAGAUCUUGAGCUUGAUGAUGCUGUUCACACUGCCAUUCUGACACUGAAGGAGAGCUUUGAGGGACAGAUGAGCAGUGACAACAUUGAAAUUGGCAUCUGCAAUGCCAAGGGAUUCCGGCGCCUCACACCUGCUGAAGUCCAGGACUACUUGGCUAAUAUUGCAUAGUUGUUUAGUUAAGUACUGUGGUCUGUCGUAGGUGUGGUUGUGUUAUCCAUGCCACUAAUGAUAUAAGAAUUUCGUCUGGGUUAUUUUAAACUUUAAACAUCGCGAGCAGGAUAUUUUUACUCUCUUGUGUUAGAAUUUUUCAGAAAUAAAGGAUACUUGAAUAUUACACUUGAA